GCGUUUCAAAUAUUUCUCAGACACUUGAGUUAUUUCCAAGGUUGCUUUGCACUAAUAAUCAUAAUAAGUAUUUACGGUACAUCGACGGCUCAUUCUUAAAAUCCCUUCGACAUUCACCUCACCGAGCCAUCCGUACUGUUGACUGUAUGCUCUGCUAUCCAGGACGUCUCAGCAAAUAACAAUGGGUAGGCCGCCGGCUGUUAUUAUUGUUGUCAGACACGGUGCGCGUCUCGAUCAAGCAGAUAAUCAAUGGUACUUAACAACUCCGACUCCAUACGAUCCGCCUCUUACAUAUGGUGGAUGGUCGCAAUCAAGAGCUCUCGGUGCUCGUAUAGCUAAUAUUCUACGAACCCGCGAGACGGACGAUGAGUUUGUUGGCCAGGAUGCUCAGAAUGGAGGUAAAAAUAGAAAGAGAAGGCACAAAGUCAUUAUACAUACCUCGCCAUUUUUGCGCUGCGUCCAGACAUCAGUUGCCAUAAGUUCUGGUCUCGCGCAGAACCCGGGCCACAAACAUCACCCUCAGCGAUCCCCUUCCACACAUUCCCAGCACAAAAGCUCGCAGAUGCACUCGUCACCCAGAGUCCGUCCAACUACAUCAACAGACUCGCCUAGACUAGCCCCACUCCUGGAGACUACAACUAUUGAGUCGGGUUCGAGCAACAAGAUUAUCGGACAAACUGAAAACAUAAGAAAAUCGAUAGUACGAGUUGAUGCAUUUCUCGGAGAAUGGCUGGCUCCGGAUUACUUCGAACAUAUCACUCCGCCUCCAAGCUCUAUUAUGAUGGUAGCCGGUGCUAAAGCCGAUCUAUUACGAAGAGAGGAUCAUACUAGCUUGAUACAUGUGCGAGACUUUUCCGCUCAAGGUUCAUCAUUUCAACCAUUUCCAGGUGGAUGGGGAAGUUCUAUCACAGCUGAGAAGAAAGAGUUCCCAUCAGUGUCGAGUUUGAGCCAUGCACUACCCAGAAGGGAUCGAACGAGCAGUCUGAGUAGCGUGGGAAGUGAUGGGAGUCGUCAAGGUUUAAAGGCCGAUGGCCAUCUGCCCACUUCUGAACACGGCAUCUAUCAACCUCCCGUUCCGAGUUAUGCAAUUUCUACAUCUGAUCCUAUACCACCUGGAUAUGCUACGCAUGCCAGAGAUGCAUGUGUUGAUGUUGAUUAUCAAUGGGAUAGCAUGCGUGAGCCCUUGAAUUGGGGAAAUGGCGGCGAAUAUGGUGAAGAAUGGCCCUCGAUGCAUAAAAGAUUCCGUAAAGGUCUCCACAGCAUGUUAGAUUGGUACAAUACCAGUGAGAAUUUUGAUAGAAUGGCAACCAAGACUCCUUGUAGUCCAGAGCCUGGAAAGAACUUUUCCAUUGACGAAGAUCAGGAAGAUGAAGAUACGGAUUUGGUUCUUAUCCUAGUCACUCAUGGCGCUGGAUGCAAUGCCCUCAUUGGUGCCUUGACUAACCAGCCUCUCUUGAUGGAUGUCGGAAUGGCAUCAUUAACUAUGGCCGUCCGAAAACCUGCUUCCGAAGCGACCCCCGUUUCAUCUCCCAUUGCAACAUCUAAAGCACAUUCUCGUACAAACUCGAGAAAUUCAUUAAUCGCAAACGAAUAUGAUAUAAAAUUAUUAGCAAAUACAGAGCACCUUCGAUCUACUACAAAUAGUACUGUCUCUUCCCGCAAUCCUUCUAUCGCAAAUCUGUCUACCUUCCGCGAACGUCAACCUACAGAUCCAAAUCGUUCCACAACUAUAAACUCCAGUCUGGGUAGUAUUAGAAGAACAGCAAGCAUAGCAAGUUCUCAGCCUCGCACGUUGACACCGGCCAGACAAUCAUCCAUUGGGCUUUGGAGCGCUACUCCUCCGCUUAGGGAAUCCAUCGAUGAGAAUGAUGACACGGAUGGUGAUAGCAUGAUAUUGAAUUUCGGAGAUGAUGGAACAAACGCGAAAUUACCAGUCUCAUCGACAUCGGCCAUCGAAGAAGAUAAUAAAGCAGCCGUGGUAAACCAAGAGUUAGAGAUAAGUGCGGUAGAGGAAGAUGAAGUUGCUCCCUUGGGAUUAUGGGGUUCACCAAGACUACAAGCAAGCUCGGGACCAGCUGUAGAUCCAGGACAUGCGCCAAAGAGAAGGUGGACGGUUAAUGAAAGAGCAUGAUUGUUCACUGACAUCAAGGAAUGAGGCGAUUUAAUUUGCAAAUGGGGAAUUGACUACAUCAAAGUAUGGAUGGACAGCUCUUGCGCCUAGGCUAGGAUAGGGUAGGAUAUGGUAUGAUAGGGUGGGGUAGGGUAUGAAUUGAUGGAUGGAGGGAAGAAUAGAUUUUUGUGGGCUUUAGUCAGUUGAUCAUUUUCAUUGGAGCGUGGCGUGGGCGUACGGUGUUCAAUAAGUCUGAAUGGGACAAACCAAAAGUGUGCUCGGAUAUGAUAGCAUUAUCAGCUCAGACGAUUUUGUGUAAACAAGAGCUUGCAAGUAGUCUGAGGAAUGAUAUACUGGGAACAUCAACUGGAUGGUUCUUGGUGAUUGCAUGCCAAUUAGAAUAAGUAUCACUUGCAUGGCGUCGGACGUAGGGCUAUCUUUCUGAUCAAAUAUUAUUCCAAUCA